GUAUUAUAUCGACAGGGAACGAAAGAAAAGGGGAGGAAGGGGAAACCAGACAGGCUGGACGAGGACCUAACAAAAAAAAAACAAAAAAAAAAACGAGAGGAAGAGGAGCGGGAAUGAGACAGGAGGACGGGCUUGAAGAAGGAGGAGCGAUUCCACUAGCAACUUUGGGGCUGGUGUACGUCAGCUUUUUUUUGUUGUUUUGCUGUAGUGUCAGUCCUGUCGUUCAGUCCGAACAGAAAGACGGAGCUACCGUUGCGGUACGCCGUCUUCUGUCUAAAACGUUUCAUUCCUGUUUGAACUGACGGCAAUCUAAAUUACUCGUUGUCUAGUACACAACCCAAUUGGUUAGGCAUCUGCAAUUGAUAUAGGAAAGGCGUUUCAGAACGACGAGGUGGCAUAGAAUUCGACGUGGACGACUAAACUAUUAACUCGAAUGACGACAUCGUCCAAGAUGAGAACGCCAUGAACCGUAGUGCACGACGUGUUUUGCUGCGUUUGUUUUUACUAGCAUUACCCCUCGUCGUGUUCACGUUCGUCGCAGUUUCGUUGCUAUCCAGCAGCGUCGAUUCGCUUCACAGCCACAAUGCUUUGACUUUUGCUUCGAAAGUUAUCCAGCCGUGCGGGUCUCAGCUGCCAUUAGAAAUCGUUGCGGCACCUUCGCCUUCGUCUCUUCCUCAUGACGAGCUAAAGCGACAGCUUAAACAGCUGAAGCAAGUCAUCAGUCAACUUGAAGAACGUCUUCGACUCCAAGGCGAGAUCGCUCCCGUUAGUGCCGAUGCCAGUAACACCGGUAACGACGUUCCAUGUUCAACCAGCUACAUCCAGAAGCAGAUCGAACAGUCGGAGAUUGAGAAAGGCAAAAAGUGGCACAACGAGUACGAAGUUAUUCCGUAUUCCUUGUUCACGCUUCAAGCUUAUUACUCGACGGAAGCAGGUAUGGGCAAAAGAGUGGUAGAACGUCCCAUAGGCUCACGUAGACAGGAUUUACAAGAAGCCGUCAGUUCAGCCCUGUCCGUUUUGAAUAAUAAUCGCGAACGCGGUGCAUUACCUCACACGUCAGCGAAGACGAAACGUUACGUUGCGUCAGAUUUCGUUGAAGGACUUUACAGGCUCGACCCGAUCGAAGGGACGCAGUACGAACUGUGGUUCAACCACCAGCAACAACCGGCCGCCGCGUCUACGGACAAUCAUUCCAAGCGACCCAACUUAGUUAAAGUGUCUCUGUUACGCCCUCACGCUCCUCUGGUAGCUGUCCGUCUUGAACAGCCACUUCAGUUUGAAAUACCCAUAGUCAACAUCAUCGUUCCAUUGUCGGGACGGUUGUCGGCAUUCGAGUCCUUUCUGAAUCGUUUCAAGAAAAACGUGCUCACCGCCGGACAAAGCCGCAUCCACUUGACUGUAGUCUUCUUCGGCGAUAAACACUGGAACGAAAUACAACGAGAAAUGUUGGUUUUCGAGAAAGCAUCGGGUUUUUCGAAUUUUCAUCUGCUGAAUAUCAAUUCUACCUUUUCCAGAGCUCGUGGGCUACAAGUUGGCGUGGAACACUGGGAAAAUUCGCCAAUAGAAGACGAUGUUUUGAUUUUCCUAUGCGAUGUCGAUGUGGCAUUUGAUUCUGCUUUCCUCGAGCGUUGCCGACGAAACGCCCAACCUAAACGUCAGGCAUAUUUUCCAAUCGUUUUCAGUCAAUACAAUCCCAAUGUGACUAAACGCUACACUCGCCAACGUGACGAUUCGCAAGCUCCGACGUUGCACAAAGAUACCGGAUUUUGGAGAGAUUUUGGUUUUGGCAUGGUUUGUACCUACCGGUCGGACUUUCUGAGUUUAGGCGGUUUCCACGGUGGAGAUGAGACGACAGGUUGGGGUGGAGAGGACUUAUUUCUUUAUCGGAAAUACAUACGGUCUACGAUGCGCGUGAUACGUGCACCAGACAAAAAUAUUUUCCAUUUGUGGCAUCCUAAGAAUUGUCCGAACACUCUCGGGCCUGUUCAGCGGCGAGACUGUUUGCAAUCGCGAGGAAGAAACGAAGCUUCUUACGACCAGUUGGCGCUGCUUUUGUUUUCGGCUGACGGGCAAUCACAUCACUUAUCCGAAUCAGAGAUUUAAGUUUAUAUAAUGCUCGUUUGAUUUCGUCCGCUAACAUGAUUCACAAUAAGUCACGAAAUAGUGUCUCAACAAAGUUCGUGUGUUCUUGGUGAAAAUUAAAAUUUCCUUUGGCUGUGUACAGGUUUAGUUAUGAAACUUCAAACAGAAAUACACAUUGUACAUGAAACCAUGC